GCUUAUCUGCGAGCGGUCGAUGUGAAGAUCCUGCAGCAGCUGGUGGUGGUCAAUGAGGGCAUCGAGGCGGUGAAGUGGCUGGGGGGGGGGAGGGGCCCGCCGUACAGCCUGGUGGAGAGCCAGGCGGCCUCACGGCGGGGCAGCUGGGACAGCCUGCAGGACCCCAAUGACAGGCUGGACAGCAUCUCCGUCGGUAGCUACCUGGACACGUUGGCUGAUGACAUGGAUGAGUAUUCCCAAAAUACUGCUGAAAACGCCGCCGCAUCUGUGCCAGGCAGAGCCCUGGUCAGGGCAGAGCAGGAUUGGGUCAGGAUCGACCCCGAGAGGGGUCUUGCAAAGCAAGAGAAGGGCAAAGCGGAGCACGAGUGGCCCCACGUGGACCUCUCCCCACCUGGGCUGCCCCAGGAUCACCGGUUUGCAAAGGAGCCCCAGGUGGCCAAUGGGUAUUUGGGCCAGCAGCCUUCCUCUCUGGAGGCACCAGGCAGAGACACCAAAUUGCUGUUGGGGGCAGAGGAGAGGCUGGGGAAGGGGAACGCAGGUGGGAAGGCUCGGAAAGCUGAGGCUGACUUCGAGAACUGCAAACUCAAAAGCAAACUGCACCUGGAGUACGAUGCCCACUGGCGCUGGCUCCAGUCUCAGGAUGACGUGACAUUCUUGUAGCCUGUGGCUUCGCCUUCCCAGUCCAGCUCUCCAAACUGCCUGCUCUGCUUCACUUGUCUCUGCUUGGGAGAGCUGGGGUGGCUG